AUGUUUUCUCAAAGAGCGAGGGUGUCAGACAAUGAACCUCCCUCUCCAGUCACGAAUGAUAUUCCUGAUGGCUGGGAGCUUGUACCCACCCCGGAGGACUCCUGCUCCAUCCUGAGCCGGAAUGUAAACCCAUGUAAUGCACUAAUUACAAAGUUGCAAAGCUAUGAAGAGCAAGAACCCCAUAUGAGGGACACAGAAAUGACCGUCAACGAGGCGAUAAAGCAGGAAGAUAUAACCAGGCACAUUAUUUCUUUUCCCAAGUUGAGCACACGAUGGCAGGAGUCCUAUAGUGCCUCAAGCUUUGAUAGCGAUGAAUCUUCAUUGAAUUGUGACAUCUUGUUGCGUGAUAGAACACGUUCAAGUGCCACUGCUGCAGAAGAAAUACUUGGGCAACAGUUUGAAGACAGUGACUUGCUUCCACUUCCGUCCUCAACGCGUCCUUCAUCUGCUGCUUUCAAGAGAAAUUUAUUUUCUCCCAAACAUGACGCGGACACCAGCAUUCAUGAUCAAUUAUCGCAUGCUUGUUCUUUCAUCAUUUGUUUUUUGAGCAAUGGCACGUACAGUUUUAUUUGUUUGUGUACUUCUACGCUGCGAAAGUAUUGGGCAGCUUUUUGCAACAUGAUGACCCUUAGUAACGCCACUUAUUGUUGUGUUUUUGCAGCAACAACUGUAUUGGUAGUUGAGUUUGGGGCUUUAGUAACGCUGAGGUCAUCCAACGAGAAUACUCGUUGUUGCCUGCCCAGAGUGGCUUUCAGAGCAUCUCAGUUGGUCUGCGUCUUAAUGUCGGUCGUAGGGCCGCUACUUCGUCUUGGUGAGAAGCUGUUGGGCGCACUUUUUCACUACCCUGCGACGACACCGUGCCCCCAGUCAGGGGAAGAGAGACUCGAAAAAACGGGAAAAGGUGACAGGGAAACGAGGGAGGGGAAGGCGCAGGUACACGAGGCGCAGUGUUUGACACUUUUGAAAACUAUUCUUUCCUCUCUACUAAAGUUUGUUCUGCUCACAAAUGAGGGUGAAGGCACCACUGUAAAAAGAGAAACGCCUGCUGAUGACGAAGAUACCACAAUAAAUGAAACCAAUGAACCCACAGCUCACCGUGAAGGAGAUAUAAGGUCAUCUUCAGGGGAGGAACGGAUUCGCAUAAUUUUGUUGCUGUUGAUUGGUGUUGGCGGGGGUGUGAUGUCUCAGUACGUGCUCGUGUGGUGUUCCUGA